AUGUUCAUCGAGAUUGUCCGCUCAAGUAACAUCGUGCCUCCACCGCCGAAGCCUCACUACUCCUUCAAGAACUUCCCACUACUGUCAGGCUCCCGUGAGGUCGCGUUGUAUCCUUCCCUGGGAACUGGAUCACACUCGCACAAAAUUCAGUAUGGUCCAUCGUCUUCUACGCCAGCUGGACCAGCUCAGAACGUCUCUUGCUUCAUAGAGUACAUUGGCGUGAACGGGAAGUUGCCUCAGGAAAUCCGCGAGGCCAUCUGGGAGAUGGCGAUGCGCGGUGGCAAGUACAAGGCAGAUGCGCGUGUCCAUUGGUACUUUGGAGCUACAAUCAAUCGGCAUCUGAAAGACCCUGUUCAGAGGCGCCGUUUCUACGAUGCUCGGAUCGAGCGGCCAAACUUUUAUUCCCCCACUCUGCUUCCUCACCAAGCAGACAUUCCCCGAGACGUUCGCUGUAUCAUCCGAUGCUCAAAGGUCAUGGUUGCAUCGUUCCCAGCCAACCAGUAUCUUCGAGCCUGGCUAGCCACGGUGCCCCAUGGUGGCCUACGCCACGUUCGCCACCUCCAGUUCGACUUCUUCGGCUACUUCCCCACCAACAUUCCAGUCAAUUCCGAUCUUGCCCUUGCAGGUGCUUGCCAGGGCUUGAAGACCAUCCGUAUGUCGUUCCGUGCUCAGGACCUGACCCACUUCAGCAGGGUCGACUACGUCGCACGGGGAACAGAUGAACUCCUGAACCGCUACAAGCUCGAGCGGCUUCUGAAUUGCAACGACUUGAACAAGAUCUUCUGGCAUUUGCGUUAUGAUCAAGUGGAGGCAGCCCUGCAGGCUCUUCAGGCUCUGGGUUCGUGGUUCCGCACGGAGUUUGCAAAGCAGAAGCAGAGCGUGGUCUGCGUUUACUUGUAG